AUGGGCUAUUAUGGACCAAAGGGGGCACACGUAAUGUUCAGUACAUUACUCAAUAUGUUCAUAACGACUAAUAAGAUAACAGCUGAACUAACGAGCCCCCAAAAGCCUCUCGAAUACAUUCAUGAAGUCCUUGUCCCCGAAACCUGUAUAAUGCUCAUACAGGAAGAUAAGGGCGGGAUUUCUUAUGACGCUGCGCAAACAAUGAUGAAUGAGAGUAAUGAUUUUGGCUUACAUAUGUUCCCCGAUGAUGACUGA